UGCUCCUGCUGCACGCAAGCGCCCGGGGGCGGUGUCUCUACCGGACGAGGAAGAAGGGGAGCCGCCGUCGCGCGGUCGCCGGGUCUGAUGGCUCCUCGCGCCCCGGGUGGGAAAGAGACACAGCAGACGCCGCGGCGCAAGAGGGAACGGGACAGCAGGUAUCUGGGAAGUGACGUGGUGUCCGCACCCCGCCAACAAGCACAACGGUGCGGUUGUCGUGCGUUUCUCAGGAGGGCAGGAGCGGGAAGGGGAACAUGGCCGCCCAGUCGGACGGCGGCAAAGCCGGGGUCGGGUGCGGCGGCGGGUUCGCCCAGCUGUACGAUGUCGACGCUGAGGAGCCUCUGGACUCCGCUGCCAUCCACAUCUGUCAGUGCUGCCGCUCCUCCGCUUGCUACUGGGGCUGCCGCUCAGCCUGCCUUGGCUCUCUACUCGGCGGGGGGCAGCCCCCUGGAGGAGUCGGCGUCCGGGAAACUCACUGCCCUCCCCGCGAGCAGCUGUGGCUGGACUGCCUCUGGAUCAUCCUCGCCCUCCUGGUCUUCUUCUGGGACGUUGGCACAGACCUGUGCCUCGCGGUGGAAUACUAUCAGAGGCAGGACUACCUCUGGUUUGGCCUCACCCUCUUCUUCGUUCUGGUGCCGUCGGUACUGGUCCAGAUUCUGAGUUUCCGCUGGUUCGUGCAGGACUACACGGGAGGGGGGCUCGGAGAGGUGGAGGGGUUGACAAAGCGGGGCACGGUGGCUUUGGGGUGCCUGUAUCCCGGAAAGGAUCGCCUGCAGCUGGCCACUAUUUGGUUAUGGCAGGCCAUUAUACAUAUCCUCCAACUGGGGCAAGUGUGGAGGUACAUCAGGACGCUGUACCUGGGCCUCAUGUCCCGCCGGCAGAAGGAGCAUCAGCGGCGAUGGUACUGGGCCAUGAUGUUCGAGUACGCCGACGUCAACAUGCUUCGCCUGCUGGAGACGUUCCUGGAGUCGGCGCCCCAGCUGGUCCUGCAGCUCUGCAUCAUGAUCCAGGAGAACCGAGCCGAGACUCUGCAGUGCAUCUCCUCCCUAGCUUCCCUCCUCUCCCUCGCCUGGGUCCUGGCCUCCUACCACAAACUGCUGCGUGACUCUCGUGACGAUCAGCGCAGCAUGAGCUACCGCGGGGCGCUGCUGCACCUCUUCUGGCGCCUCUUCACCAUCUCGUCCCGCGUCCUCUCGCUCGCCCUUUUUGCCUCCCUCUUUCACAUCUACUUCGGCAUCUUCGUGGUGGUCCACUGGUGCGCCAUGGCCUUCUGGGUGGUGCACGGAGGCACCGACUUCUGCAUGUCCAAGUGGGAGGAGGUGCUCUUUAACAUGGUGGUUGGCAUCGUCUACAUCUUCUGUUGGUUUAAUGUGAAGGAGGGCCGGACGCGGUACAGGAUGGUAGCGUACUACACUGUGGUGUUGGCUGAGAAUACCAUCCUCACCGGCCUGUGGUAUGCCUACAGGGAUCCAGUACUGACCGACUCCUAUGCCAUCCCAGCUUUGUGUGGCGUCUACCUAACCUUUGCCGGUGGCGUCCUGGUCAUGCUGCUGUACUACGGCUUCCUGCACCCUGCCACCGCCCACCUCCAACCGAGUCCCGCCUCUUCCUGCUGCGCCCAGCUCCUCUGGGGUCUCCCUCUACCCCCAUCGGCUCCGCCCACUGCCCCUCCCACCCCAGCUCACAUGGCCAAAUCGCAAACGGAAGAGGAUGUGGCCGAGACGUGUCUUCCCGUCUUUCAGGUGAGGUCCGCUCCUACCACCUCCAAGCCCGAGGGCCCGCUUAUAAAAAUCGACAUGCCCAGGAAGCGCUACCCGGCCUGGGACGCUCACUACGUAGACAGGCGUCUGCGGAGGACUAUAAACAUCCUGCAGUACAUAACGCCAGCUGCUGUGGGCAUCCGCUACCGUGACGGACCCUUACUGUAUGAACUGCUGCAGUACGAGUCCUCACUCUGACACAAACACACAUGCACAAGUACACAAGCACAUAAAGCACCAUUUAAGAACAUGUAUGUAUAUGUGGACAUUCAGAUUUAGAGAAGAUUUAGAAACACUUUAUAUAAGCACACAAUGAAGCAAUCUGUCACAUCAUUAUGUGCUCACACACAUUCCUUGUGGGCACCUACAACCUGUGAGUCCUAUGGCCAUGACUCAGCAAGCUGCUUCAGCACGAGUCUGUCGCCUUCUUCUCACUUAAUCCCUCUGUCCCUUAUCACAUGAGGAGAACCUGAAAAAAGUUGGCUGUUUAUGUUGCAAUCGUCACGCGUUCACAGGUUUUGUUAGAAUUAAACAACAGAAAGAAGGAAAAAAUUACACUUUAAUAAAAGAAAUUGUGAAACUUU